AUGUCUGUUCUUGUUCUCGGAGCCGGCGAGUUGGGCUCAGCGAUGCUCAAAGCACUCAGCUCACACCCCUCCCUGCCAAAAGAAGCCAACAUCUCGGUUCUCCUGCGGCCAUCAACCAUCUCUUCCACCGACCCAUCGAAAUCCAAGAUUGUCUCGGACAUCCAGGCACUCGGUGUCUCCGUCGAAGCGGGCGAUGUCGUGAACGAUUCCAUUGCAGACCUCGCCGCACUCUUCAGCAAAUACGACACCGUCAUCAGCUGCACCGGCUUCGUCGGUCCCACGGGAACCCAGCGCCGCAUUUGUGAGGCUGCAUUGCAGUCCAGCGUCCGCCGCUACAUUCCCUGGCAGUUCGGCGUUGACUACGAUGUCAUCGGACGCGGGAGUCCGCAGGUCUUGUUUGACGAGCAGCUCGACGUGAGAGAUAUGCUACGCGCGCAGACCAGUACCGAGUGGGUCAUCAUUAGCACGGGACUGUUUAUGAGUUUCUUGUUUGUGAAGGAGUUUGGAGUCGUGGACUUUGAGGAGAGGAAGUUGAGGGCGCUGGGCGGCUGGGAUGUGGAGAUAACAGUGACGGGACCGGAGGACAUUGCGAGGAUGACGGCGGAGGUAGUGUUUGAGCCGAGGAGCAUUUCAGGUAGUGGGAGCAAUGUGAUAUUUGUGGCCGGGGAUACAGUCUCAUAUGGGAGGAUUGCUGACUUAGUGGAGAAGAGGUUUGACGAGGUUGAGUUCACGAGGGAGGAGUGGGACAUGGGAUUGAUAGAAGCAAGUUUGAGGAGUGACCCGGGGAAUGUGUGGAACAAGUAUCGCGGGAUCUUUGGAGCUGGCAGUGGCAUUGCCUGGCCUACGGAGAAGACGUUGAACUAUCAGCGUGGCAUUAAGCUAGAAGACUUAGAUACGUGCUUGGGAAGGAUGAAGAGCCCGGCAAUUUUGGAAGCGUAA